CGCAGCGACCUGUCGCGGGCGCAAUAUGGUGGUGCUCCCCGUUGCCUCACGAAUGUAUCGUUCGUUGUCACGGACGUGUUUGCUGUAAAAUAUGAACGUGAUCUCGAAGUCGACGACCAUCUCGCCGUUCCUGAAGGCGACGGCGACAGCCGUCUCGAACGGUGGGUUCCCCGUGGUCGCGACCAGUAAAGUAUGCAGGCCGAAAAUCUCUGUUCUCGAUCCCGUCAAACGGCAACUACCUCAGACUGCCUAUCAGGAUCUUAUUACCGGAGUCUUGUGCGUGAGCUCGGGAGUCGCAGUUAGCACGCAGAUACAUCAGCGGCGUUUGGCACACACCGACAUUCAGUGGCCAGAUUUCUCAGAUUAUCGCAAAGAUGAAGUACGAGAUCCAAGCACAAAGUCAAAGGACAGCGCUCCAAAUCGCAAGGGUGUCUCCUACCUUAUUGCAGCUGGUGGUACCGUGGCAGGUGUCUACGGCGCGAAAGUUGUAGUUCACAACCUCGUUGGUAUGCUAAGUGCAUCAGCUGAUGUACUUGCCAUGUCAAAGAUCGAGAUAAAACUUGACAGUAUCCCCGAGGGCAAGAGUGCUGUCUUCAAAUGGCGUGGAAAACCUCUGUUUGUACGACACAGAAUACAAUCGGAAAUCGCGACGGAAGCCAAGGUGGACGUUGUGAAUCUCCGCGAUCCAGAAGAGGAUAGCGCUCGCGUGAAGGAUCCCAAGUGGCUAGUCGUAAUCGGUGUUUGCACGCAUCUGGGAUGCGUGCCCAUCGCUAACGCGGGAGAUUUCGGCGGUUACUAUUGUCCAUGCCACGGGUCUCACUACGACGCCAGCGGUAGGAUCAGAAAAGGACCGGCGCCGCUGAACCUCGAAGUGCCACCCUAUGAAUUCACCGAGGACAAUCUACUCGUUGUUGGUUAAUUCGAUAUCUGUAGUCAAAUAAUAAAAUAAUUUAUGAUAAUUUAUGCUCCAUGGGCACGCGUGACACCCUGUUAUUAUUCUCAAUGCGAUGAAAAUAAGAGAAAUGUGUUUUGUAUAUUUCUUGUGACUUAAUGGAGCCUUUGUUCAAACAUUUGCUGAGGCGCGGCCACUGUAUCGAAUUUAGAAUAAAUAUUAAAUGACUCUUUA